AAUGCACUGGGGGGAAUGAGGGUUUCUAUGGUGACUCUGACAGUCAACAAACAUGGCUGACACAGGGAGCGCUGACCAGCACGAACGAUCAUCAUGCCACGUCCCAACAUUUUCAGCCCGACAUCCAAUGAUCCCCAAACUCUACGUGAUGCCGUGGAAGCAGGACAUGAAGAACCGGAGACUCCUGAUGAAGAACGCAGCUCUGGCGGGGAUCCCCGUGGUUCCUCUUGAGGAGUCUUUGUGUUUCUGUGGUCGAGAACGUCUCUGCCACAGCCAGGACUCCGCCUACAGAACCACCUCUUCCUCCUCCUCACCUCCGUUCAGCCAGACAGGACUGCCCGCUCAUUGCUCCUCCCACUUCUCCAGGUAUAACAGCUCUGCGGUGACGACCAGAGGGCUUUUCCAAACCUGAGUACAGAUCACAGAAAAACCAAUAAAACAUGCAUAUCUGAUAUAGAAACAAA